AUGCCCCGAGGACUUCACUUUUGUACACAGAAGGUUGUUGUCACUGAACCAUCAUUUUAUCCGUUCGUGUGUAUCCGAUCCGAUGGUGCCAGACUGGAAGGCAGCGCGCUCUCUUUUUAUGAGAAAGUGUCUGAUGCUGGCAUUCUUCAGUCAAUGCAGGCGCUUCACAACGCCCAUCUCAGGGAUUUAACCAGCACUGGAGCGCACAGCGGAUCUGGUCCCAUUUCCGAAGAAAAUGUCCCAAGACACAGACAGUUCAUUUCCGCUAAACAUCUUUAUCCGUCCAUUGAUCUCCUUCCCAUCGCUCGCAAGCCUGACGCCGGUAUAUUUGAAUUCAUCUGUUUCGGUUACAGUCUAUUGAUCUAUAGGUAGCA